AUGUUUGAUGCAAUGGGUGCUGCUGGAUCAGCAGAUGACAUUAACGCUAUGGAAAUUCACCACUGGUACACAAAGUUUAUGAAGGAGUGCCCGUCCGGACAGCUUUGCCUGCAUGAAUUUAAACAUGUCCUGGAUCUACAUGGACUUACUCCUGAAGCUAACAACUAUGUGGAACAAGUAUUUCACACAUUUGACAUGAACAAGGACGGAUUUAUAGACUUCUUGGAGUUCAUAGCUGCAAUAAAUUUGGUGAUACGAGGGAAAAUUGACCAAAAAUUGAAAUGGUAUUUCAAGCUAUACGAUGCUGAUGGAAACGGAUGCAUUGACAAGAAAGAACUAUUAAGCAUAUUCAGGGCCAUCCAGGCUAUUAAUGGCUACACCAACAUGAGUGCUGAAGAGUUCACAAACAUGAUAUUUCAGAAGAUAGAUGUGAACAAUGAUGGGGAACUGACUUUAGAAGAGUUUAUCAAUGGUGUGGAAAAAGAUGAGGACCUAAUGGAAUUGAUUACGAAAAGUUUUGACCUUUCCAACGUACUCAAAGUCAUACAGAACGGCAGGAGAAACAGUGUCUGAAGGAUCCAGUCAUGGAGGUGGUUUCUGUGUCAUCAUUUCAAGAAAGAUAAUAUUUGAUAUAUUCAGAGAGCUUGAUGUUGUCAAAGCCUGCCCGGGCGAUACUGAGCAGCCUUCUUCAGGAGUAACAAUUUUCACUCUUCAUAUAUCUCCUUUUAUUUUCUUUAUUCUUUCCCUGGCUAAUGACUGUGGCAGCCACAGAAAAACAAAACAAAACAAAACAAAACAAAACAAAACAAAACAAAACAAAACAAAACAAA